CACAAUUCUGCGUUAUAUGCCUUCAUACUUUAGCAAGAAAUGUGUAAUGUAAGGAGUGAUGAGAAAUUGAUUUGAAUAUACAUGUUCUGUUGCUGACGUGUCUGGAAAUGUUUACAAGUUGGUGAAAAAGAUGCAAUGGCGUCUUGUGCACUGCACGAUUCUUGAGAGGAACAAAGAAUUUCUGUCAGCCCAUGGUGCUGCCACGGGUGUGAUAUAGUACAACGUGCUUCUUCCUCUGAUCUGACCCAUGAUACAUGCGCGUGUGGGCGCCCAGCAGGUGCUGGUUGCCGAGGUUCAUCCAGUAAUUGACAAUAGAUGGCAUUCUACAGUAGGAUCUUCUCCCCUCAUGCCGUACAUACGGAGAAAUAUAUUCCUCCAUGCCGUAUAACCAUGCAUGAAUAUGUAAUAGGAGGGGAAACUCUCGCUAUUUGAGAAUAGUUCCAUACAGAACUAUAUAGAAAAUAAUUGGCUCAGAAAAGGUUGCCACCCAAUACUUUUCCGCCAAACGAGACGUCAUUGUGGACUUCUCUAUUGAAGCUUUCCAUUGGAUUAAACUGUUCUUUCCAUCUUCACCUUCCGGCUUCGACCGUAUUUGGUUUAGACAACAUUGGCACAGAUGGGCUCUCGUACACUGCUCCAAAAGCGGGAAUUUUGGAUUUGCUAAUUGUCAGUUUCGUCAAAAACAAUCGAAACUCUUUCCAGAGAGCCAUGGUGUCUCUUUCUGACUUGAAUGACCUGGGUUUGAAUCUCGAUAUACAUCUUAAUUUUUAUUCAGUUAUUUCCAUUCAGUGCGGCUCUGUGUUUGACUACGUGUCCUUUCCAAGUGACUACCAGGAUCUUUUCUUAGGAAAAACAAUGUAUGAUAAAGCAAAUAAACUGCUUUUAGUCACAACAGCAUCAGCAGUUCCAAAUAAUUUGGCAAUUCAGACUUUGGGCAAAAGUUCACAAAGUUUUGCCAUCGGGGUUAUUCAUGGUGGAUAUGUCAAUGUGGUACCAAUACGUGAAGGUGAAAUUCGUUCCAAAUAUAUUCCAUGUGUUGAACCAGGCACCAGACCACGUCAUGUUACUACUACUGUAACACAAGUCAAGUGGUUUUGUGUGCAGGGCACACAAAUUUUAGCCAUUACCUCUACAUUAGGGCUUCAUGUAUAUGAUGACGAAGGAAGGAAGUGUUUGUUUACACACUCAUGCAGUGAUUCCCAUGGAAGUACCGACUCCUUUGCUCGAGGUUUAGCACUUGUGAAUGGGGAAAGGCUGUGUGUAGGAAACAGUUCUGGGUCAAUAAGAAUAUUUAAGAUACCCAGUGAUGUUAGUGAUUACCUACAUCUUGAAAAACUUUCAUCUCAUAACAAGGCAAUAACUGAUAUUGCAUGUAAUGAAUCUCAAGACAUAAUGGUAUCAGCAGAUGACAGUGGUUGUCUACUAUUAUGGAAUGUAAAAGAUACAAUUGAAUGUAUAACAACAAUAACAGGACGAGGAUUCCCAUGCACAAGUAUUCAAAUGUGGAAGAGCUUAAUUCUUGCAGCUUAUGGCUCAGGUCAUAUUAGAAUGUUUGACUUCAAAACUUCUCGUUUACUAACAGAAGUUGCAGCACAUGCUCGUUGGAUAACGGGAAUAGAUUUGGCUCCAGGCCGAGGUCUUUUGCUUUCUGUAUCAGAAGACUCAUUUGCAAAAAUUUGGACAAUUGAUUCUGAAGAGAAAUUGAUUCUCCACAAAUACACAGCUGCUGUUGAAAAUAAAAUGCUUGUGGGUGGAAAAUUUUUAAAUUCAUACGGGACAGAAUUUUGUGUUUCUGCCUAUGAUGCGAAUGAUGUGAUAUGCUUUUCAGUUUAAAUAACUGACAGGCUUUGAGCUUUUAAAAGAUGGAAUGAAAACAUUUUUUUGAAUCCCACACACAUUUUCUUAUCACAUUUGUAGUACUGUCCGUCCAUGUUAGAAAUGAAUUUAGAAAUGUUUUUCAAUUCCAGAUUCAUAGAUGUGUCAUAUAUUUUGUAGAAACUGAUUGAUGUUCCUUUGAGACUUGCAUUGUGUUUAUACGAAAUGCACAAUAAUCCAGAUGUAUCAACAUUUAUUUUAUGAAUAAAUAAAUAUGUAUUAAUUUUAUUAAUAUAAAUUUCUUGAAUGAAACAAUAAAAUAAAUUAUUACUACUAUCUAUCUAAAUACAUAACCUAAAGUACUUAAGUUCUACAAAGUACUAAAGAAAUGAAAUCAUAAAUCUCUACAAAAAUAUAUUUGUCCUCUUCUGCCUUAGACAUUUUUAUGAGCAAAUAUAAGUACUUUUCAUUAACAUUCAAGCUACAUAAAAGACAAGCCACAAAUAUAAAUUGCACUAAGCUCCUUCUGUGCAAAAUAUAAAGAAGCUAAUAAAAAAAUUUGAAGAGGGUGACAGCAUCAAUAAGUAUAUUUUUACAUCAGUCUCAUUUAUCACACAUCACCAAAACUUUCAGACAUAAAAAGAAGCUUAAAAUAUUUUGUUAUUAUUCAUUUACCACAGGAAGAUAAUACUCGAAUAAUGUUACUCGAAAGAGUAAUGCAGGUUUAUAAGAGGCAGAAGAGAAAAUGCAUGGCUGUAAAAAUAAUUGCUUGUUACUACAUAAAAUCAGUAAAUCUGACAAUUAAAAUCAAAUGAAGCAGUGUAUUUUCUCUGCUGGUUCAUUUGGUUUUUACAUUAACUUCCUGUGAUAAAUGAAUAAUAACAAAAUAAUACCAAGCAAAAGAAACAAAGGUAUCGCCAAGAACAAGACACUAGCAGGAACACUUCACCAUGUGAAGAAAUUCUGCUGGAUUACCUCUUUUUGAGUUAUCAUAAUUUCUUAAGUAUUCCACACACAUGUCACUAGACAUCGGAUAUUAAAGGCAUUAAAACCUACAUUUUAGACACCUGAAAAAGGACUUAAAAUUAAAAAUAAGCCGGGGACAGCUAAUAAAAUACACAAUAGGCUGGGAAAAGCACUAAUAUAUAAUUCCUUGCAUCUAAAUUUAGCAGAACUUUUUAUUUAAAACAAAUAAAAGGAAGAAAAAUAAUUGAAUAAAUAACAUUGUUGGUAAAUAGACAAAUACCAUACAUUGUAAUUUAUAAUCCUAAAAAAUUACAAAAACACAUGUACUAAUUUUAUUUAAUAAUUAAUUUCAAUUUUACUUCAAUGUUCAUAAUUGGUACAUAAAGACGGCCUAAUGUUGAAUUAUUUACUAGGCUGUCCGGGUGACGCCGCGUCCAUGGCGAAGGUGCCGACGUUUCGGUCACCAUUCCGAUCU